AUGGCACGCGACAAAUUUGCCCGUCAGAGCCUCGGCGGAACCCUCCAAGGCCGUAUCAAGGAGGCGCGCGUACUCAUGGUGGGAGCUGGCGGCAUCGGCUGCGAGCUUCUCAAGAACCUGGCUCUCACUGGAUUUGGCGAGAUCCACAUCGUAGACCUGGAUACGAUCGACCUCAGCAACCUGAAUCGCCAGUUUCUGUUCCGCAAUGAGCAUAUCAAGAAGUCCAAGGCAUUAGUUGCGAAAGAGUCGGCGGGCAGGUUCAAUCCCAAUGUCAAGAUCGAAGCGUACCACGAAAAUAUCAAGGACGGGCAGUUUAACGUCGCGUGGUUCAAGACGUUCGACAUCGUCUUCAAUGCACUAGAUAACCUGGAUGCGCGGCGGCAUGUCAACAAGAUGUGUCUGGCAGCCAACGUCCCGUUGAUCGAGAGCGGCACGACUGGGUUCAACGGGCAGGUCCAGGUCAUCAAGAAGGGCGAGACCGAAUGCUACGAUUGUACACCCAAAGACCCACCGAAGUCAUUCCCGGUCUGCACAAUCCGAAGUACACCCUCACAACCCAUUCAUUGCAUAGUCUGGGGCAAGUCAUACUUAUUCGCCGAGAUUUUUGGCACCUCCGAAGACGAAGCGCCGGAGUUGGACCACAGCGAAGACGCCGAAAACGCAAACGAAGUCGCGAAUCUGCGCAAGGAGGCACAAGCCCUGAAGCGCAUCCGCCAGUCCAUGGGAUCCGACGACUUCCCGCGAGUAGUGUUUGAAAAGGUGUUCAAAGAGGAUAUUGAACGCUUACGGAGCAUGGAAGACAUGUGGCGGACGAAGCGAGCACCAGAGGCACUGGACUACGACAAGCUUACGCAGCAGGCGCUUGGGUCAGGACCGGCGGUCGCGUCACAGGAUCAGGUCGUGUGGAACACGGCUGAGAACUUCACUGUCUUCGUGGACAGUUUGCGACGACUUAGCAACCGCCUUGAGGAGACGCGCGCAAAGGCGAGUGUUGGGAAUGCAGCGCCCAUUCUGACAUUCGACAAGGACGAUGCGGAUACAUUAGAUUUUGUCGCAGCGAGCGCAAACCUCCGGUCACAUAUCUUUGGCAUUGAAAUGCGGUCGAAGUUCGACAUCAAACAAAUGGCUGGCAACAUCAUCCCCGCCAUCGCAACCACGAAUGCCAUGACAGCUGGCCUCUGUGUCCUCCAAGCCUUCAAGGUUAUGCGUCAACAGCUCGACAAGGCAAAGAUGGUCUUCCUCACCCGCGGCACCGAGCGCGUUAUAUCCAGCGAAGGCCUCCGACCACCCAAUCCUUACUGUGCGACAUGCGGCGUUGCGCACGCUACACUCAUUGUCGAUACGAAGCGCGCGAAAUUGAGCGACCUGGUGGAAGAUGUGCUAAAGGGGCAGCUGGGCUACGGCGAAGACUUUAGCGUCAAGCGCGAGAACGAUCUACUGUAUGAUGUUGACGAGGAUGUCCAUUUGGAUAAGACCUUUGAGGAGUUGGGUCUUGAGGCGGACACUUUUAUCACUAUCUUUGACGAGGCGGACGAGGAUGCGAAGGUCGAUGUGGUAUUCUCUGUCAUCAAUCAAGAGUCGGACACAGAUACGAAGCCGAUCAACCUGCCUAAAGACUUGCAGAUCGCGAAGAAACCUCUGGCACCUAUUCCUGAGGCCAAUGGACAUACCGCCGUUAACGGAACGAUGCCGACCGCGAAUGGCCUAGCCAAUGGAACCACAAACGGCACCACGAAGCGGAAAGCUAGCGACGCUGGUCUCGAAGGUGAGAUUGUGAGGAAGAAGGGCAAGGUCAUGGAGGAGCCCCUAAAGAAUAGUGAUGAGAUUGUCAUAUUGGAUGACGCGAACGACGGAGCCAUCGUCAUUGACGACGACUGA